CAAAAUCCUGUCGAGACUUGUCUUGUUGCUAUUUUUGACAUUUUCUUUACUGACAGAUGUAUAUUCAACCAGCCAAAUACGUUAUAUGAGAAAGGAUAAAGAGUGUACCUCAAAAGAAUACAUCAGUUCCUGUGUCACUGGGAAAACAAUAUGUUGACAUGAUUCCUAAACCAAAUCCAAAGAUCAACAAAGGGUAAAGAGGAGAGGGCUGUGUCUACACUGAAGCAACAUGUCACAUUUUAACUUUGAGAAUGAACUGAACAGUGUCUUAAGGAUGGAUGGACCCAUAACAAAAGGACCCAGUAUGAGGUUUGAGAGGAAGACAGAUUGUAAUCAGUCUGUGAACAGCUCGCUCAACAUCAGCACAACAGCGAAAACUCCCAUGAAGAAUCUCAACCGAUCCACCAAUAAUCCAAAGACACCAUCUAAUGCAAAAACACCAAAAUCUUCAAGUAAAGCAAGGACACCUGGAGGAUCCAAAGCUCCCAAAACUCCCAGUGGUGGAGACAGAUUUAUACCAAAUCGCAGUGCUACCCAAUUUGAAUUGGGACACUUUAAAUUAACUUCAGACAGUGUUAGUGCAAGUGAAGCAGACAAUCUGUUGAGCCCUUCACAGAAGGAGUAUCAGAAAAUAAUGAGUGAAAACCUGAAUGGAGCAGACAUCUCUAACAACAAAAUCAUAUCAUAUAAAACUAAGGCUCCAGGUGCACCAGAAGGAUAUCACAACAACCUUCGAGUCCUGUAUAGUUCAUGCAAAACACCUGCUGGUUCCAUGAAGAAAACCAUGCGUCAUAUUCCUCAAGUGCCAGAGCGCAUCCUUGAUGCUCCAGACAUCCUUGAUGAUUAUUACCUGAACCUGCUGGACUGGUCAUGUAACAAUCUCCUGGCUGUGUGUUUGGGGGGGAGUGUGUACCUCUGGAAUGCGGCCACAGGAGAGAUUGACCAGCUGUUACAGAUGGAGAGCUCGGACCAGUAUGUAGGAGCUGUGUCCUGGAUCAAGGAAGGAAACUACCUGGCUGUUGGAACCAGCAAUGGGGAAGUGCAAUUGUGGGAUGUGGCAGCAAAGAAAAGGCUACGCAACAUGGCAGGCCAUGCCAACAGAGUUGGAGCUCUGUCAUGGAAUUCCUAUAUUCUGAGCAGUGGUUCACGGAGUGGAGCCAUUCACCAUCAUGAUGUGAGGGUGGCAGAUCACCAUGUAGGCACACUGCUGGGCCACACCCAGGAGCUAUGUGGCCUGAAGUGGUCCCCUGAUGGGAAGUUCCUUGCCAGUGGAGGGAAUGAUAACCUCCUAAACAUUUGGGGGGCCCAGCAGGGUAGUCCUCUCACUGACUCAUCACCCAUGUUUACAUUUUCACAACAUCAGGCUGCAGUCAAGGCCUUGGCUUGGUGUCCCUGGCAGCCCCAUCUAUUGGCCAGUGGAGGUGGCACUGCAGAUAGACAUAUCCGAUUCUGGAACUGUAGCACAGGGACGUGUGUAGACAGUGUAGACACAAAGUCACAGGUGUGUGCUCUGCUGUGGUCAAAAAAUUACAAAGAGUUGAUAUCUAGUCAUGGCUUCGCUCUGAAUCAGCUCACCAUCUGGAAAUAUCCUACAAUGACCAAAGUAUCCGAGUUAUCAGGUCACACGGCUCGCGUUUUACACAUGGCUAUGUCACCUGACGGACAGACAGUGGUAUCUGCUGGAGCCGACGAAACGCUCAGAAUCUGGAAGUGUUUCACACUCGAUGAACAGAAGAAAGCAGCGCAGAAAUCCGCUGUCAGCAAGGACAAAAAGAGUGUGUUCUCCAUGACAUCCAUAAGGUAGCUACGACCCCGGACAAAGAGAAAGGGGGGGGGGGAGGUCGAGAAGGAAGGGAUCCCUAUGUAGUAUCAAAGAUCUAACAUUGUGUUCAGUAUGAUACUGUUUUUUGCAAUAUACAUAUACAUGUAUAAAUGAUAUUACUAUUCAAGUUUAUUCAACUCCGAAACUUUUAUUGAACGAAAAUUUGUGAAAAUUUCAUUGCUACCCUGGCAACAUACAUAUAUAAUCAUGACUGAUAUUGAAUAGUUCUUCCAUCAAUUAACAUUUCUACAGUUAUCAUGACCCAUUUAUCUUAUUCCUUGGGUAAAUCUUUUAUGAAUAUGUAAAUUGAUACUGUUGUGUAGACAGAAGUUAUGGCAGAUUUCUUUGUUAAAUAACAUAUUUAUUUCAUGAGAGGGAAAGGGUGUGUGACACAAUAAGAAAGGUUUCUUUCUUGUGAAAUAUAUAUUUAUUUAACAAAGAAACUUUUAUUGAAUUGUUAUUACAUUUCAUUGUCAAUUUUACGUAUUUUCAGUGUUCUUUGAAUCCAAAUCAUGUUUCUAUUUUAAACUGAGAAAACUGUGUAUUUUUAUCUUUGUUUUAACUAUUUAAGAAUUCUUCCUUUCAUUUGACUUUGACAUGUUUAAUAUAUAACACUGAAUGUGUUAUUUCCUGAAUUGUUUAUUUUUGUCUAAGUUAACUUAAUUAUGGUAUCUGUCAUUAAGGUAUCUCACGUGUGUCUUUUUCUUGCCUCUUGGAAGCCGCCAUUGUUCACCUUCCAUUUGGCAUACUUGGCUGCACGUUUGUCUAUUAGAAAGGUUGUUAAAAUAUUUUACAAAGUUAGAUAAACUGUAUUUAUUGUAAUUAAAUACUAGCUUUGUUAAUUUUGAACAAUAAAGUUUAAAAACAUUCA